UUUAUCCUGUCUUUUCCCAUCCCCUUUAACCUCCCUUCAAAGUUGAGCCUUUUCUUUCAGCCAUGAGUCUUUGCACAUUUCUGACACUUUCAUGUCCCUCUGAUUCCAGAAAGAUACUCCUUGUAGGAGAACAUGGCUUCCCAGUGAUAUGGGAAUAGACGGAAUCUGACCCCCAGGGUAGAAGUGGCAAACAGAGUGAGCCACUUCAUUGAAGCGGAUGAUGGCAGCAGCAAGGAGUCCCCAGGCACACCCAUCUUCAAACAAGGACUCCACACAGGGCCAGAAAUCAGCCAUUCAGGGCAACAGCCCUGAUACUGAGGCCUCCCGCCAGCGCUUCAGGCAGUUCUGCUACCAGGAGGUAGCUGGCCCCCAUGAAGCUUUUAGCAAACUCUGGGAACUCUGUUGUCAGUGGCUGAGGCCUAAGACACACUCGAAAGAGCAAAUCCUGGAGCUGCUGGUUUUGGAGCAGUUUCUAACCAUCUUGCCAGAGAAAAUCCAGACAUGGGUGAGGGAGCAACAUCCAGAAAAUGGCGAGGAAGCUGUGGCUCUGGUUGAGGAUGUACAGAGUACUCCUGGACAACAGGUCCCAGAUUCUGAGAAGGACUUGAAAGUGCUCAUGGAGGAGAUGACCCCUUUGGGAGCAGUCAGAGAAUCACUGAGAUCCCAACGGAAACAGGAGGUUCAGCCAGAGAAGCGGACUUUGAGGGAAUCACAGAGCUCACAGCAAAGACCACAGGAAUUGUCAGAAGCCCAGCUUGUUCCUCAGGCUCUCAGGAACCUACCCCAAAAAAGGAGUCUCCAAGACCAGGAGAUAGGUGCUGUGGUCUGGACAUCUGGGUCCCAGGGACCAGCCACGUGUGAGGGCAGAGCAGUAUCCCUCUGUCAGCAAGAGUGGACACACCCUGACCCUGCAAAAAGAGCCCUUUACAGCGGUGCUACACGGAAGAAGGACAGACACAUCUCACUGGCCACAGGUGUGCACUGGGGCUAUGAAGAGACCAAGAUACUCCUGGCCAUUCUCAGUGGUUCUCAGUUUUAUGAAAAACUCCGGACCCAUCAGUGGGACAGCCAGAUAUACAGGACUGUAGCAGAACAACUCCAGGAGCAGGGCUUUCUCCGGACCCCAGAGCAGUGUCACACCAAGCUCAAAAGCCUACAGUUGAGUUACCGCAAAAUGAAGAGAAGCCGUAUGACUGAGCCUUGUAUCUUUUAUGAGGAAAUGGAUGCUCUUUCAAGCUCCUGGACCUCUGCACCUUCUGUGGCAAGCGAUGCUGUUCCUGGCCAAGAGGGAAGUAAUAUUGAGGCUGGAGAGCUGAAUCAACAGAAUGGGGAGCCCACAGAAGUAGAAGAUGGCACUGUGGAUGGUGCACACAGGGAUGAAAAGGACUUAAGGAAUCCUGGCCAAAAAGUCAGGAUACUUGACCUGCCAGUGCUGUUCCCUAACAGACUUGGUUUUGAGAUCAGGAAUGAGAUUAAAAAAGAGAAUCCGAAAUGGGAUGAUUCAGAGGAAGUAGAAAUGAGCAAGGCUUUACAGAGAAAGUCUAGUGGAAAAAUUUUUUGGCACUCUGAGCUAAAAAAAGACUGGGAGAGUGAACCAGUAUCAAGAAGACAAUGUAGAAGUUCUCCAGAGGAGAGUGAGGAGAAACCCCCAUCCCAGGAGAAGACAAGUUACCAGAGACUUUGUACUGGGGACAAAGCCUGUAUACAUUUCUUCUGUGGGAAAAACUCUCAGAAUGUGCCCUCUCCCCACAAGCCACCCCCUGACCUGGAAAAAGCUUCUCAGUGUCCUGAAUGUGGAAAAACUUUUAGCCGAGGUUCUUACCUUGUUCGACACCGGAGAAUCCACACAGGUGAGAAGCCUCACAAGUGCAGUGAAUGUGGGAAAGGCUUUAGUGAGCGCUCAAACCUUACUGCCCACCUACGAACUCACACAGGGGAGAGGCCCUACCAAUGUGGACAGUGUGGGAAAAGCUUCAAUCAGAGCUCUAGCCUCAUUGUCCACCAGAGGACCCACACAGGGGAGAAGCCUUACCAGUGCAUUGUCUGUGGAAAAAGAUUCAACAACAGUUCCCAAUUUAGUGCUCAUCGGCGCAUACACACUGGAGAGAGCCCAUACAAGUGUGCAGAGUGUGGGAAAAGCUUCAACAACAGCUCCCACUUCAGUGCCCAUCAGAAAACCCACACUGGGGAAAAGCCUUACAAAUGUUCUCAAUGUGAGAAAAGCUUUACUAAGAACUCUGCCCUCACCCGCCAUCAGGUGGUACACAUAAAAGAGAUACUGUCAACACAGAAAGGGAGAGAUAUGAGUGUGUAGGAAAUACAACAGAUAAUUCUUUAG